AUGAAUAUCUGGCUCCAUCUGGCUCUCAAUGUGAUCAGCACCUUAUUACUUGGAGAUUCGAACUACUGCAUGCAAUGUUUAAGCGCCGCAACCCGAUCUGACAUCAAUCGUGCACAUACACGAGGCAAAUGGCUCGACGUUGGGGUACCCAGUACGCGCAACCCGUCCGCCAUUCCCAAGUAUAAAGCCCUGUUGUGGUUGACGUUCGGCUUGACUUGUAUCCCUCUACAUCUCAUGUACAACUCCGCGUUCUAUAAAUCCUUGUCUACAAAUAAUUACGAUAUCUUCGUUGUGGAACCAGGUUUUCUCGAAGGCGGCAGUGUCGAUACAACGGGCAUUGUUGUAGCAAAGGGUUCCAUCGACCCUGCUAUCAUUCAGACUGACCUAGGCAUUGCUGGUCGCUAUAUACGACUGAAUAACUCAGAUUGCAUCAACACUUACGCAACCGACAUUAACAGUAGAAGGAAUCCUGUCCUCGUCUCUAGCAAGUCCACACCAGCUGAAUCAACAUUGCUUCACGUCGAGCAUUACAGCUACACUGAUUCUGUCGGCCCACGUGGCAUCUACAAACCUUACGGGUGGAUUUGCGCCGAUCUCGACCUUGGAGAAAAGCUAAGGAUCAUAAUGGAAGACAGGAGUACCCAGGUCUGUGAGACGUAUGCACCAAAGAUAGCCGCUGGUCUCGCAGGGCAAUGGACGUUCAAAACAUAUCCUGUGGACUUUUGCCUGAGUGAAGUCGUCCUGGAAAGAUGUGGCUAUUCUGGCAAUGUGCCCAUUAUCAGUGUAGUCAUUAUAUGCAACGCAGUGAAGUUUGGGAUCAUGUUGUUUGUGGCUCUGCACCUCCGCGAUGAUCCGCUAAUCAUGAUUGGUGACGCGGUGGAGUCGUUUCUCGACCAUGCAGACGAAUGA